AUGGACCCCGAAUUAUCACCUAUCAGUCAUCUCUCUCAAUCUCCCCCCCAGCUUUCUAGAAUAGCCGCUACCUCUUUCUCGCAUUCCAAUGAUACUACGUCAUAUCGUUCCGAUGUUAUGUGGCCCAACUGGCCACCAUCUCUGCCAGAACCAGAACUAUUGAGGCACCUCAUCGACGUGUUUUUCGUCUUUCACCCACACGCUGGUCGCAUGUUUCAUCCUCCGACUUUUAUGCAUUCCAUUUCGUUGCCUCCGAAUCACCCUAAAUUUCCAUCGCUUCCUGUAUUACAUGCCAUAUGUGCUAUCGGAAGUCUCUACACAGCUGCAGUAACUUCACCACCGCUCCCGAAUUUUGAUGAAAUUUCUCCAGAUGAAAUAUUCUUGGAAAAGUUGAGAGUGAAAGAUCCUCGACCUGAUUCAUUUGCAGAGAAACAUGCCCGCUUGGCAAAAGAAAGUGCAGAACGGCUCAAUACUCUGGGACAGGACCUUUUUCAAGUUCUGCAAGCCAAUAUCAUAUUGACAUGGUUCUACUGGUCUCAUGGAAGAUGGGUCGAUAUAUUCGUGGCUUCGGGACAUUCAAUGCGUCUAGCUGUGCCCCUUGGUCUAAAUAUGUGUCCGCCUUUCCAUUCUAUUGGAAAGGCAGAGAGGCCGCCAUCUAUUUUGCCCCCGGCUCGUACAGUUAUCGAAGAUGAAACAAGAAGGAAUACAUUUUGGCUGGCGUAUGCUGCAGAACGCCAACAUGGCCUGGGUAAUGGCUGGGCUCUCAGCCUUGAUAACCAGGAUGUUUCCCAAUUACUUCCUGUCAGAGGAGAUCAAUUCUUACAAGGGGUCCUAGUGCAGCCUGUUGAUCGGCAGUGGGCACAGUCAAGAGACGUACUCCUGACACAUCCAGAAAACCAGACAGAUUCAUUCAUUCUGUAUAUAAAAGGAACAAUAUUGAUAGCUUUGGUGAAGGCAUUUAACCUCAGAUUCAGAUCAAAGCACUUCUCCGGUGAUCCGUCGGUUGUGUCAGUGUACAAUGAAGAUCCAUCAGCCGCUGAUGAACCUGUUGACCCGCGAAGCUCAGCGGCCUUCAUUGAACUCGAUCACAUUGUUUCUUCCUUCCGCGCGUCUUUCCCAAGUCAUCUUCGAAAUCCGAUACGCGACAACCUUGUGGACAAUCAUCUCUAUACUGCAUGUCUAAUGCCUCACGUGCUUACCAUAGUUCUUCAUGAUCCACACGCCGACGUUCGCAAGUCUGGUUGUAUAUCAGCUCUCAAAAUUCUUACAGCUGCCAGAGCUAUUUUGGAUCUGAUAUACAAUGUAUGGUCAACAAGUUAUGACAUUACUCUUUUGGAUUCGUUUUGCACCUUUUGCUGGUUUGUAGGUGGUCGGGUGCUCGUUAGGUUUCUGCAAGUGGCAAUGGAUGCCAACAGUGCCGACCAAAUUUCUACUUUGCGAUCAGAAGUUGAAUUCAUACACUUGGCUAUAUCCAAAGUUGGAGAGCGAAUACCUAUGGCAUACCGAUUUUCGAAAAUGUUGGAGAGUGUAAUAAUCAAGCACUGCGGGUCUGCACCAAGGGCACAAGCAGAUUGUAACUUGCCUCGGGCACUAGAACCCCACAUGCUUCAAAGUUUAUUCCAAGAAAUUUGCCCUACCCCAGAAGAUAAUAUUAACUUGACUGAAGCUCUUCAUGACCCUGGGUCGUUCUUGACGUCCACAUAA